AUGUUUCUUGAACAUGGUGAUCAAAGAAACAUUCAGAUUACAGCAGCUCCUGUUCAACUCCCAAGGGAAACAAUAGCUCACAUCAAGGUCCAAGGCUAUGAUAUUCCUCCAAAGACACAUAUCUUGGUGAACGCUUGGGCGAUAGGAAGAGAUCCGAAAUACUGGACAAACCCAAAAGAGUUUAACUCCGAGAGGUUUAUCGAUAGCCCUGUGGAUUAUAAAGGAAGACAUUUCGAGCUCUUACCAAUUGGGUCUGGUCGAAUGAUAUGUCCCGGUAUAACAAUUCGGAGAGCACCUGAUGGUAUGACACAUGAAGAUAUUGAUAAAGAAGAAGCUGGUACCCUUACAGUCGUCAAGAAAGUACCUCUCAAUCUCGUCCCAGUUCGAGUUCAGUGA